AUGUCAGACAGUGUCUUGCGCACGCGUCGCUUGCGCCUGUCUGAGGCGAGUGCUCCUCCCGCAGACAGCGUUCGCGUGGCCAGACGUGUGCUGGGCCAGCAGCAGGGGGCGUGGCUGCUGCAGGCGCCGCCGCUGACCGCCAUCCCGCGCUGCAGCAGCUCGCUCAUCCUGCUGCACUACGACUGCCCGCAGAACCGCAGGAUCUUCCAGCAGAGCGCAUCGGCUGGCCUGCUGGGGAUCUCCGCGCGCUGGCUGGUGGUGAGUGCGAGCCAGCCCCAGGAGGGCCUGCCGCUGCGGAUGGACAGUGAGGUCACGUGGGCGACGAGCGACGCGGGCGGCGAGCUGCGGCAGGUGUCCGUGUACCGCCCGCACCCAGCGCUGCCGCUCCACAGCCUGCCCGCCUCUGUUCUGCAGGAUCUGCGGCAGCGCGGAGGCCGCAACCCCAGGUGGGACCUGGAGGGGCACGUGCUGCACGCCGCUGCCGUUGUCGUGAACACUCCCUUGGACCACCUCGGCGACCGUCUGAGGAACGUGAACGACAAGCACUUGGACACGAUCACUCGGUACGGAUGGUCGGUGUGCACGACGCUGUCGCACAUGUACAACUUCCGGCUGGUGCUCAUGGCGACGCCCUCGUUCGGCUUCACGACGGACGGCGUGGUGGGCCUGCUGCACAACGGCUCCGCGGACCUGGGCGUGCCCGCGCUCAUCAUGAGCGCCAAGCGGCUGGGCUACGUCGACUUCACCGGGCCGUCGCGUCUCUGGACUUCGAAAAUCAUGUUCCGGCACCCGAAGACCGUGGGGAUAUACGGGGCGCUGUUCAAGCCAUUCAGAGCGUCGCUGUGGGCGUGCUGCGGCCUGACCUUCCUGCUGGUGCUGCUGGCUGCCAGACUGGUCAACUGGGUGCACAGCGACGGCAGCUGGAGCUGCGCCAUCCUCUUCGUCUUCUCUGCCAUCACUCUGCAGAGCGCGGCGGUGCCCGCGCGGUGGGCGAGCUGGCGGCUGCUGCUGCUGUGCAGCGUGCUGUCGGCGCUGCUGCUGGACACGCACUACUCGGCCGCCAUCGUGACGUCACUGUUGCUUCCGCCGCCUCGCACCAUCAACACCAAGGUAGACCUCGUGCACAGCCCGCUCGCGUUCGGCCUCGAGAACCUCAGCAACGUCCAGGAGUACUUCGAGAAAAGUGAGGACCCGGUGGACCGUGCGCUGUUCGCCACCAAGGUGUUUCCCCCUGGCGCCAAGCAGCCCAACUACUUCCCGCUGGAGGUGGGCGUGCACAAGAUGGCCACCGAGCCGUUCGCCUUCCACACGGAGGAGGUGAACAUGUACCCGCUGAUCGAGCGCAUCUUCAGCCCCGAGGACAAGUGCUCGCUGGUCGUCACGCCGCUGCUGCCGCCAGUCAUGACCUACACGCCCGUGCAGAAGAAGUCGCCCCUCAAGGAGAUGGUCACGGUUGGACUGCGCAAACUGUGGGAGACGGGCCACGUGGCCUACUGGCGCACCAAGUGGCACUCGCGGCGGCCAUCUUGCCUGGUGGACGGGCAGUUCGCCAGCGCGCGCCUCGACACACUGGCGCCAGCGUUCCUGCUGCUCAUCGCCGCGCUGCUGGUGGCGCCACUCCUCUUGCUCUGCGAGGUCCUCUCGAUUCGCAGGACUGGUAGGGAGACGACAGUGCCUGUUCACAAGGACUCGUGGCGGACCGGUGCAAUAUACGUUUACCUCUGA